AUGGAUUACGAAGCUCUCAAAGAGCAAUGGAGCGAGGUUGAGGACCGUGAUGGUGUUCGCCUCAGCUGGAACGUGUUUCCUAGCUCUCGCAUGGAAGCAUCGCGCUUGGUCGUGCCGAUUGGGGCCAACUACACUCCACUCAAGGAGAAGCCCGACACACCACUCCUCCAAUUUGAACCGGUCACCUGCAAGCAACCUUGCCGCUCUGUGCUUAACCCAUUCUGGAACCCCCUCCCACCUCACUAUAAAGACAUCACCGCCAACGCAAUCCCUCCGGAACUUCAUCCUUCCAACACUACGAUCGAAUACCGCCUCUCGCGACCGGCGCCGAGUCCUCCAAUUUUCCUCUAUGUUGUCGAUACCUGCCAGGAGGAUGAUAGUUUGUCGGCGCUCAAGGAGUCACUGGUCAUGAGCCUGAGCCUCCUACCCGAGAACGCACUAGUUGGUCUAAUUACAUAUGGCACCAUGGCCCAAGUUCACGAGAUUGGUUAUACUGAAUGCGCCAAAUCAUAUGUGUUCCGCGGCAGCAAGGACUACUCUGCGAAGCAAGUGCAAGAGAUGCUCGGCUUGCUCAGCCCAGCAAUGCGACCAGGCAUGCCCCAGCAGCAACCCGGAAGGCCCAUGCCCGCCGGCCCUGCGUCGAGGUUUUUGCUACCCGUUCAGCAGGCCGAGUUCCAAUUGACAAAAGCGCUGGAGCAGCUUCAGAAGGAUCCAUGGCCCGUAGCCAAUGACCGCAGGAGUCUGCGUUGUUCUGGCGUAGCUCUGAGCGUUGCUGUAGGACUUCUUGAGUCUUCAUUCCAGCACGCCGGUGGCCGCAUCAUGCUCUUCGCUGGUGGACCGGCAACGGAGGGACCAGGCAUGGUUGUCGGCCCAGAGCUGAGAGAACCCAUUCGAUCACAUCACGACAUUGACCGUGACAAUAUCAAGUACUACAAGAAGGCGCUCAAGUUCUACGAUAUUCUGGCCAAGAGGACUGCUCACAACGGCCACAUUAUUGACAUAUUUGCGGGUUGCCUUGAUCAAGUCGGUCUCCUGGAAAUGAAGGGUCUCUGCAACUCCACUGGCGGUCAUAUGAUUUUGACAGACAGUUUCACUUCAUCCAUGUUCAGGCAAUCGUUCAUUCGCGUAUUUGAAAAGGACGGCGAUGAUAACUUGCUCAUGGGUUUCAAUGCUACACUCGAAGUGCUCACCACUAAGGAGCUCAAGGUUACUGGACUAAUAGGUCAUGCCAUUUCCCUCAACAAGAAGUCCACAUCAGUGGGAGAGACGGAGUGCGGCAUCGGCAAUACGUGCUCGUGGAAGAUGUGCGGUAUCGACCCCAACGCCAGUUACGGCGUAUAUUUCGAGAUUGCAAGUCAGGGAGGCCCCACGCAGCAUCAACAAACACCACAGAAGGGCAUGAUCCAAUUCCUCACCUACUACCAACACUCAUCCGGCCAAUUCCACCUGAGGGUUACAACGAUUGCAAGGAAUCUUAGUGGCCCAGCUGGCGAUCCAGCUAUCGCGCAGUCGUUUGACCAGGAAGCUGCUGCCGUCCUUAUGUCUCGCAUUGCCGUGUUCAAGGCUGAGGUCGAUGACGGCCCAGAUGUCCUACGGUGGGUCGACAGGAUGCUUAUCAGACUCUGCUCCCGUUUUGCAGACUACCGAAAGGAUGAUCCAUCCUCCUUCCGUCUAGAGAAGAACUUUACGCUGUACCCGCAGUUCAUGUUCCAUCUCCGACGAAGUCAGUUCCUACAGGUUUUCAACAACUCUCCUGACGAGACGGCUUUCUAUCGUCACGUUCUUAACCACGAGGACGUAAGCAACUCGCUCAUCAUGAUCCAACCCACACUAGACUCGUACACAUUUGAUCAGGAGGGUGGCCAGCCUGUUUUACUGGAUUCAACUUCCAUUCAACCCACCCACAUCCUUCUUCUUGACACUUUCUUCCACAUUCUUAUUUUUCACGGUGAGACGGUCGCUGAAUGGCGCAAAGCGGGAUAUCAAGACCAGGAGGGCUACGAGAACUUUGCGUCUCUGCUCGAGCAGCCAAAAGAAGACGCAAGACUCAACCCCUCGACAACGCACACGACUGGAGCUUAUGGCGGCGUGGGUGCGCAAAACGCCCAGACUAUCUUCACUGAUGAUGUGUCUUUGCAAACCUUUAUGGACCAUCUCAUGAAGCUGGCCGUUAGUGGCACAAACUAG